AUGAAAAUGUUUGAAAAGAAAAUCAACGAAGUGAUUGGGUGUAUAGAAAAAAAUGUACACAGUUUGGAUAAUUUUUUGAGUGUUCGCAGAGAUUUAUCAAAAGACCAGCUUACUUUUUGCAAAUCUUUGUAUGAUGUAUGUCGAGCGCCGGACGGUGAUGACAACAGACACGAAGAUUACUUGCCGACCCUGUUCCUCGAUGACUUUGAUGCCAAACACGUUUGGCAGCAAAUCGAAUUAGUCAACAAAACCUGGCCUUCUCGGGAGAAAAUGGUGAUGACGGUGGUGCUGUCAAAGAAGAAGAGGAAGAGGAUGACGAAGGAAGAUGAAGAUGACGCCGACAAUGAUGAGGGAGGCACCAUAAAGUACGAUGACUUCUAUGAUGCCCCGCCCAAGCCCAGUGCACUUGACGAUUCCGCCAACAUGGAAGAUGAUGGUGAUGAUGAUCUGGAUAAGAUAAACGAACUGGAGGAGAAAACGACGUUGGAGAAGGACUGGCAGUUGAAAGGUGAGAUUGGGGCCUCCAAACGCAAUCUCAACAGUCUCUUGCAGAAGGUACUCGACUUUGAUACUGCUACCAAGCCUGCAAUGGUGAUAACAGAGGAGGUGAACAAAACAAUCGAGGAGAAGAGACUGCUGAGGCUGAAGGAUAACAUCUGGGAUGGGCCGAAGAGGAAAAUUAAAACGAAGGAACGAACGUUCGAGCUGAAGAAAUCCGUGCUCAGAAUAUUUAGACACCAUCCAGAAAAAGAGGAAAAAGUGCCAGUGAAGAUAGAAGAGAUAAACAGUCCAUGGCUGCCCUCUUUAGAAAACUGGAUGUCCUCUGCAAUUUCCAUUUCACUCCAAAAUCAACAAAGGAAUGGUCAAAAGACGGCCAAAAAUGGUGUUGGAAUUUUUGUCAGAGAACCCAUAGCCCAAGAAGUACUAGUUAUUAAAAGGAUUAAUUUACGUCUCAUGUGGAUAAAGCUUCGCCUAGAAACGCAAAAGUUUUUUCAGCAUACGCAACACAGACAGGCAAUCUCAAUGGCUACUUUGGAGAAAAAACAGAAGGUUUUGACAACCUACAGGGCGGUUUUGGCUAUGGAAAACGGAAUGAAGAUGACAACCGCAUCCUUAAGUUUGCUGAAAGUCACGGGUUUUUUAUACUAG